AAAGACGACGAGUUUUUUGGCCUUGGUUAAAAAAAUUUAAAGUGAACACAGAAGAAGCGGUGGCUCUGAGCCGGCGAAAUUCCCUCUCUCAUCCCUAAAAUUUUCAUGUCCAUCUUGCCUCCUCCGAUUAUCCAAGGUCACAAUUCGUCUUCUUCUUCUUCUUCAGAUUCCUCUCUAAACCCUAGCUCUGAGCAUGGCAACAACUCUUCUCCUUCCCGGAUCUCUUCUUCCACCGGAACUCGAUUCGCCGCACAUUCUGAAUCCACUCACAAUUUCUCCGGUGGCUCUAGGGAACCGAUUGUUGCAGCUGAGGAGGGACAUAGCCGUGGAUCUUCCAAAGAGAUGACGCUAAAUGGAGCAGGGAAGGAGAGUUUUUCCCCACCUAAUGCAGAUAAGCGUGACCAUUUCCGAUAUGAUGGUCGAAGGAAUAGGUCUCGAGGGAGAGGUACUGGAGCUGCUGGUUCUUCUUCUUCUUCUUCUCAAUUGCAGCAUAAUACCAGACCUUUUAAUUCUCCUAGAGGCGGUGUUUCGCAUCAUAAUCCAACUGGUAGAAGAGCUAAUAUGAUAAGUGGGAAUCAUUUACUGAAUUUUCAGUAUGAUCCGAUUUCGCCGCCACAAUCUAGGGGUCCUCCACCGCAAAGAAGGCAACAGUAUAAGGGGAGGCCUUUUAACAAGGAUUUGUUUCUUAAGGCCAAUUAUAAGUUUGUUGUUUUGGACACUGGAGAUCAUUCUCCUGAUUCCAUGGAUCCUGAUAAAAUGCUGCAGUGGGAUGAUAUUAUUUGUGUUAGGUAUUCUACUCCGUCUCCUGUCCAGUGCCCGAUUUGCUUGGAGUAUCCUCUAUGUCCGCAGAUAACUGCCUGUGGGCAUAUUUUCUGUUUCCCGUGUAUUCUACAGUACCUGUUGAUUGGUGUUGAUAACCACAAGGUGGACUGCGUCAAGAGGUGUCCUUUGUGCUUUGUGAUGAUUUCUCCAAGAGAGUUAUACACUGUUUAUAUCGAAAACGUCAAGCAGUGUUCUGUUGGAGAUCCCAUCGAGUUUGUACUUUUGACCCGCAAGAAAGAUUCUUUUGCUCCAACUCGGAAAAAUGAGCAUGACUCGGCUGUUCCUAAUGGUGAAAAUGAGAUAUAUGAUCCGUUCUCAAAGUUCACUUUUACCCAAGAUGUUGAUCUCUCUGUCAGACAAGCAGUUUUGGAGUUAGACAGUUGGAUUGCAAGAGCAGAUCCCGAGCUCGUUGAAGACUUGGAGAAGCAUCUAUUUGUAAAUGCUGCUUUGGAGCGUUUGGAGCAGAGAAAAAUGUACUGGAAUGAGCAUAAGCUCUCUUAUUACAGCAAAUUGAGCACAACGGCUAGAAAUCAGACACAAUCAUUCUCACCUCCUGAUGUUUCUCGAGUUGGUUAUCAAGCACCCAGCUGGGCGCAUGGAGCAACAGAUAGCGGCUCCAAUGAUCAAGAUAAAUCAGCUGAAGAUUCUUCAGUGGAUAAGUCCGAUGGAGAAUCUCAAUCUAGUUUGGAAAAGAGUUGUGAUAAUGGUCAUCCUCUAGAUGACGUAGACGCACCAUCAUCUUCCUCAUGCAAUGAAAGUAAAGGUUUCCUGUCGCACCAAAAUGACACCAAAGACCUGAAGGACAAUGAUGCUUACAACUUUUAUCAGUCUGUUGAUGGUCAGCACAUUAUCCUUCACCCUUUGAAUUUGAAGUGCCUUAUGCAUCACUAUGGCAGCUAUGACUUUCUUCCACCAAGAGUGAGUGGAAAGAUACUGGAAAUGGAGACCGUUACCCAGUCAGAAGCGAUAAGGAGACGCUACCGCUUUUUAAGUCAUUUUUCUUUAACAACUACGUUUCAGAUAUGUGAGAUUGAUAUGAGGGAAUCUUUGCCUCCUGAUGCCUUCGCUCCAUUUAUAGAUGAAAUUAAGAAGCGUGAGAAGCAGAGGAAAGACCGUGCUAGGAAGGAUCGAAAAAAUAAAAUCAAAGCUGAAGUAGCUGCAGCUGCAGAGCUAGUACCAUUGAUGUCCAGUUUUGGACAGUCCUCUCGUGAUGACUUUCCUCCAUUUUCCUUGGAUGACUUUGAAGCUCUUGGAAACUCUGCCCCAAUAUCAUCAAGCCCUCCAAACAUUGGAGAGAGAAGUUCCUUCUCACAUGUGACAAGGCUUGGUUUCGCAGCAGGCCAUGACUCUCCCAACUUCAGUAAAGAGCCAACAAACGCUCAAAGCAGCAGCAGCGUAGUCACAAACGCAACCACAGGUGCAAGAAACACAAACAUAACAUCAUUCGCAAGUGUAACAUCAAGAACAACAACACCACCAAUCGCACCAACCAUCAAAGAGCCCGGAAAGAGAGGGAAGAAACCAAGCCGAGUGCUUCUAUCGACAACCAGUGUACGCCGUUACUGAAAAGGACUUGAAAGAGCUAUAGAUUUGUUGUGUUAUGUAUAAUAAUCUUUUCUCCUAAGAAAAACUGAAUAAAUAAAGAACCAGAAAUUGUGGUGAGUAAGUUUAAACUCAAACUUGGGCUUUGUUUCUUUUUGCAACCCAUAUGACUGAUAAUGAAGAUGUCUCUCAGAGGACAAUUAUUGAGACUCAA